GGGAGACUUACUACAUUUUCUUUGUGCACACUCACAAGACAAGCUUUUUAGUAGAUCUGGAAGCAGGAAGUUCUCCAAGGAGCUGAGAAGCCUAAUGCAUAUAACAGAAUUGGUUACUCAAGAGAUUGCUUGUGGAUUUACAGCAUGAAAAUGGAUGGUAAGAACCAGUCGCUUGUGUCUCAAUUCAUAUUUGAGCCUUUGUCUGAUGUACAUUUUGUAAAGAUCAUCCUGUUCCUGCUGAUGUUGGCUUUGUAUCUUAUGACCCUGAUGGGAAACAUCUUCAUCAUCAUUGUUACUUUGACCAGUCCUGCUCUUCAUUCCCCCAUGUAUUUCUUCCUCCGCAAUUUAUCUUACGUAGAGAUUUGUUACACUUCAACAAUCAUUCCCAAGAUGCUGUCAAAUCUCCUGUCAGAAGAUAUGAGCAUUUCAUUCAUUGGCUGUGCCACACAGAUGUAUUUCUUUGGUUCCCUUGGAAUUGCAGAAUGUUGCUUGUUGGCUGCCAUGGCAUAUGAUCGCUAUGUAGCAGUAUGUCACCCUUUGCACUACACAGUCAUUAUGAAUAAGACAGUCUGUCUGCAGAUCUCUGUGGUCUGCUGGCUCAUUGGAGUGCUGGUGAUUUUUGUGCCAAUAACUUUCAUUUUCACUCUACCCUUCUGUGGGCCCAACAGGAUCAACCACUUCUUCUGUGACGUUCCCCCACUUCUGAGUCUUGCCUGUGCAGACACUUUUCAAAAUGAGAUCAUAAUUUUCAUCAUCACUGUGGUUUUCAUAAUGCUUCCCUUUCUGCUUAUCCUGAUCUCUUACAUCUGCAUCCUCCAUACUAUUAUGAAGAUGUCCUCAGCCACAAGCAGAAGCAAAUCCUUCUCUACUUGUUCUUCCCACAUCACAGUGGCAACACUCUUCUAUGGAUCAGCAGUUCUUACAUACUUAAGACCCAAGUCUGAUGAUUCAAUGGAGACUGACAAAGUGCUCUCAUUAUUUUACACUGUUGUAUGCCCUAUGAUGAACCCUUUAAUCUACAGCCUCAGGAACAAAGAAGUGAAAGAUGCUCUGAAGAAGUUGAUGGAAGUGAGGAAAGUUUCUUCUGUACUCAGUGUUAUGAAAGGCCACAGUUGCCCCAGGUGGAUGGAGGAGGACUGGUGUUGCAGCAGUGUGGAGCAAAAAGGAAAAAGAAGAGGAGAAGCAAAAUUUGAAAAGGAGAAGCCACAGAUUACUUCUGUCUGAGAGUGC